AGUUUUUAAUCAGACAUCGGCUAGUUCAGUUUGGUUGUUUUAUUUAGAAUAAAUUUAAUUUUAUUGAAUUAUUUAUAUUUCUUUUAAAUUGUGUAUUUUUGAAAAAUUAAAUAAAGUGAAUUUUAAUUAAUUAAUCCCAGUGAUACCUUAAAACUACCUGCAAAAUAUUAAAUAUAAUUUUUGAGUGAAAUAAAAAUCGUUUUUUAAACAAACAAAAAUCCAGUGAAAUUAUCAAGAUUUAAAAGGUUGUGUUCAACAAUAUAAAGUUUUUCUUGAAUAAAAAGAUUUCAUCUCUUCUAAAAAUCUUUGAGUGAUACCUGUUACUUUUUUUUCAACAAAAAUGGCUAUAAGUGCAAAGGAAAUCUUUCGUAAUCAACAUCGGUUUAUUGGUUUCGUUCGUCAAAACAUUCGAUUAUGCAGCAAACAAUCAUUCAAAACCGCACAAUCAUCACAAAAACUUGAUGACGAUGAUGGUUUUCAAAUAACUACAAUAUCAUCACAAUAUGAAACAAUUCCAUCUCCAAUAAUACAUGACGACGAUGUUGGACAACAAUUUUCUGCAAAAGACUUAACUGUCAGAUUGGCAACACCACAACAACUUCAACCAAAACCAGAUGCAGAUGAUUUAGGUUUUGGAAAACAUUUUACAGAUCAUAUGUUACGAUGUGAAUAUCAUAAAAGUUUAGGUGGUUGGCAAAAACCUGCAAUUACUCCAUUAGAAAAUUUAGUUAUUCAUCCUGCGGCAAAAGUUUUACAUUAUGCGGUUGAGCUAUUUGAAGGCAUGAAAGCCUACCGAGGUGUGGAUGGUAGAAUACGAUUAUUCCGUCCAGACAUGAAUAUGAGCCGUAUGAAUCUAUCAGCUAAACGUUCUGGCCUUCCUACCUUUGAAGGAUUAGAAUUUGUUAAGUGCAUGACACGAUUAAUUUCAAUCGAUCAAGAAUGGGUUCCACAUUCCGAAGCAGCUAGUUUAUAUAUUCGUCCAACAAUGAUUGGUAUUGAUCCUACUUUAGGAGUUGCAUCUUCAGAUUCUGCGUUAUUAUACUCAAUUUUAUGCCCUGUUGGAAGUUAUUUUAGUGGAAAAGAUGUUGGAGUGUCAUUGUUAGCCGAUCCCAGAUAUACAAGGGCGUGGCCAGGAGGUGUAGGUGAUCGUAAAAUGGGCUCAAACUAUGCACCAACGAUUAAUGUACAAAAAGAAGCUGCAUCCAGAGGUUUACAGCAAGUGUUAUGGUUGUACGGAGAGGAUCAUCAAUUGACUGAGGUCGGAACGAUGAACAUUUUCAUGUUCUACAUUAACGAUCAAGGAGAAAAAGAAUUAGUCACACCUCCAUUGAACGGUCUCAUUUUACCUGGUAUCACAAGAGAUUCAAUACUAACGCUAGCCCGUCAGUGGGGUAAAUUCAAAGUCCGAGAAGGCACCUUCACUAUGCCCAUGGUUUGUGAUCUUCUAAGCAAAGGACGAUUGCUUGAACUUUUUGGUGCAGGAACCGCUUGUGUCGUUAGCCCAAUAAAUCGAAUAAGCUAUCUUGACCAGAAUUUGUACAUUCCAACAUUGGAGCAAGAGAAACCAGUGUUUGAGAAGAUGCGUAAUACACUAAGGGAUAUCCAAUAUGGUAAAAUCGAUCAUCCCUGGGCGAUUACGAUUGAUUAGAUUGGAAAUUCUCAAAAAAACAAUCUCAGUACCGAAAAGAAUCUACAACUAACCAAGGAGAAAUAUGGAUUAUACUAUUUUGAGGACUUACAAAAAUUAAGUCCCGAUAGACUCGAAUUAAUUUUAGAUAUUGAAAUUUUUAAAUUAGUUUUUAAGCAUAUUUAUUUUUAAUAGCUUAAGAUUUAGAAUUAAGAUAUUUUUUACUUAAACAUUUUUGUUUUGUUUUAAUUUAAUAUUUUGAAUAGUGAAUUUUGGAAAACAUGAAACUUUGAUGAGUUGUGAAGAAAUAUGUAAAUAUGUACGAUAUUAUGUCUUAAGGAAAUUAAGAAUUUUAAUUUUUGUUUCUUUUAAACAACUAACUGGAUUUUAUUGUAUAAAAACAAAUAUGGUUGUGAACAAAAUAUUUCUCUCAUUCCAUAGAGAAUUAAUUUCAAUUUUUAUAUUCCAUAAAAUUUAUGGUACCCCUAUAUAUUUAUUAUUUUUUUAAAUGUUUUCGUUUUAAAAAGAAAAGAAAAAGAGACAUGUGAAUAAAUAUUAUAAAAUCUCACUAAAAAUAAUAAUUGGUAUAUGGUUUUACUUUUUGUUAACCGCUCAGAAUCAAAAGUGGUAAGGAAAUCUAUUGGUUUGAUACCUUUAACGAAUAACUGAGCGGUUUCUUUUUUUAAUUGGGAACUCUAAGCCAGACAAUUUUGAGUAACCUUUACCUAACUAUUCAAACAUUGAUAUUGAUAGUUUUUCAAAUUUAUUAGAUUUUAAGUGAAAAUAAAAGACAAAAUCUUAACAAACCGUACCGGAGUUAUGUGCAUUUAUUAGAUUUAAGUUUAUCAUAAUUUAAUUUUUACCGAAUUUGUAUAGAUAUUGAAAUACAUAAAUAUACCUUUAUUGAAAUAAU